AUCAUACCCACAAGGAACCUAUCGCUACAAGACAUCCAGAGUCCAGAGUGAAUUGAGACUCAUGAUCAAAUAAUUAGGAACAUGUUAAGUAGUUUUAUAACUCGAGAUUCUCUCAACCUGUUUAUCUUCAAGUCUAAUUCACGUGUUCAUCACAUUUAUCAGUAACUGUAUAAACAGUUAGUGAUGAUGAGACAAGCAGCCUCCCCGGGAAUCAGUGGAGACGUGACCGCAGGUCUUCGUGCGUCACACCGUCACACCGUCACCCGGGACUGAAGCCACAAAGUGAGCAUGUCAGUCUCCUCAACGACUCCACACUGGUUAAAGUGCUCAUUAUUCAUAUUAUAUUGUUGUCAUUAUUUCAUCACACAUCACCUUUGAUGUGUUCAAGGCUUGUGAGAGAUUACGCUGUGCAUUCUGGGUAAAGGUGAUGUGAACAAACAUGAAGGUUCAACUUCUUCUUGACACCGUCGAACGCAAUGGCUGAAAAUUGCAUUUGGGGCCACAUGAGCAUUUCUUGUUGCAGUACCACGAGUGGCCACCAAGAGGCUAAAUGCUGCCCUCUACAGUUCAAAGUCCUGAAUCACAGUUCUCCUCCCCCUCGAACUCUGACUGUUGAUUUAAGAUCUAAUCAGACAAAACAUCCCAUAAAUCUGGUAUGGCAUUUUGACAACAUCCAGACAAAUCCACACCCUUCAGAGGAUCCAGACCUGUGACCUGUCUCUGUGACCCAAUCAGCAUCAAGUGGGCGUGUUUCCCAGGGCACUUGUCUUGAGUGACUGUGGCUGCAGUUGGACGUAUUUGGCCUCGGAGAGGAAGGAGAUGGAGGAGGAAGAGUCUUCUGUUUGUCUGCCUAUCAGAUAUCACUCAUUCCAACAUGCUGGAUGCAUAUAUAAUACAUAAUAUAUAAUAUAAUGCAUAUCUUAAUCUCACCUAACAGUUGUAACUCUAAAACCAAAUCUUAGCCUCUUACAGUGUCAGGAUCAUAAAGAGCUGUGACACAGCAUGUGUUCUGAGCUCACUACAGACAAACACGCACACACAUGCAUGGAGCAGACAGACAGGUUGGUGGAGGUUCCUCCCUCCGGCUGGUAUGCUGCCAAACAGGUUUGUGGUUGACGUGGUUGUAAGAAAACCGCUCCACACACACACACCAGCCUAACUCACAGUGAUGUGUAAAAGUGUCUGAAAACCAAGCACAAGUUAAAGCCGCGGUUCUUCCAGAACGCUUGGACGGUUGGAUUGGACUGCAGUGUGGGACAGGUGUUGGCUUCGAUGGCAGCCUUGUCCAUGGUGUGGAUCCCGGUGCUGUCCCUGCUGCAGCUGGCCCACUGUGCAGUCACCUCCAGACAUGCUGCAGGAGAGCCAGUGCUGUUGGACGAGGCGUCAGCCGCCUCCUUCCUGACACGCAGGCUGCUGUACAACAGCUGGGACUUUGAGGUGGUGGUGCCUGAUAAUCUGGAGAGAGAGUGUGUGGAGGAGAUGUGCAGUUAUGAGGAGGCCAGAGAAGUGUUUGAGGACGACGCUAAGACGGACUCAUUUUGGACCGACUACGUCAACAGUCACGACAACGCUCCCAGAGUGGAUGUGUCGGGGUUGGUCGCAGGGAUCAUGGCUCUCAUUGUGUCUGCUGUUAUUGCUACUGUACUGGGAAUCUACUGCUACAAAGCCAAGCAGAAGAGUGGGCGGAGAUCACAACAAGCUCCAGUGAGGAUGGCAGCAGACGGCCGUCCAUCCACAGAGAUGGUGCCGCUCGUUGGGAUCCCCGCUCCAGGUCUGCCCACCUACAAUGAGGCUCUGCACCACAGUGGACAGCAUGAUGCCCCACCACCUCCAUAUUCAGGGGGGGCGCCAUCAGAGCCUGCUGAUCCUGGAGACAACCAAUGAGAGGAAUGUCUACAUUUGUUUUAAAUGGCUGUGAAUGAUGGGAAGUUGUGUUUUGAGUCAGCUGUUGUUUUUAUACAGUGUUUAAUGUUUGUGUAUUUACACAGACGGGGCACAGACCCAGAUUUCACACCACUGACAGUGAGAUAAAUCCACAAUGUGUGAAAAGGGUGGGGUUGAUUUUUCUGUGCUUUCAAACUUACACUCCAUAGUUUUGCAACUGUACAGUAGUUUCAGAGAAUGGUUUAAUAUAAUAAAUAACAAAAACAUGAAA